AGAAAGUAAAGUCUGCAUGUUAUUUUAUCCCUACAACGAUAAAGUAUCAGACAAUAAAAAUUGACAUAAACAGAUGGAUAACAACAAAAUCGAUAAAUAAUUACAGAGAAUAACUUUUAUUAAACAAAUAAAUAUCUAACAAGUAAUUAAGUCUGUUGAUCAGACGAAACACCGGAGAUUAUUUAUAUUUUUAAAAAUGCAUGCGAAAGAAGUUAUUGAGAUUAGUGACGAUGAGACAGAUCGCGAUGAUUCUGAUGUAGAAUUCCUGUAUGACACAGUUCCGGUAUCACAGCGCAGGAUCGUAAAUCCUGUGAGUAAAUCAGCUGGUGCUGAUUCGAAUAAGAGAUCGAACUCAUUUUUUAUUGAAGAUGAGACGAUGGAUGACAACCAUCAUUACUAUUUAAUGCAAGAGUUGUCAGAUGUUUUGGGUUCAUGUAAUCCGAGUGUUGAACGACAGUCUGACAUACGGACGUCAAAUACUGACUCAGUAUCUCAAGUUGCUGAUAAAAGUUUUAUUCCUGGUUUAAAUAAUAAUUUUUAUGAGAACUCAAAUGCACUAAAUCGCAUUGAGAUACUGAAGGUCGAGUCAUUGAAUGAAAGCGAAGAAAGUUGGAUGGAGAGUAAAGAUGACAGUACGGAAGAGAUAACAUUUGUCCCAGUUAAUGACAAUAAAAAUAAUUUAACUGAUGAAAUAGAAUUUAAAAGAAGUUUUAUGAAUAUUAAAGUUACUGAAGAUGAUUCCGGAAAUAGCUCUGGAAGUAUUGACAGUGAAUCAAACCCGGAUGCAUGUUCUUGGGAUAAAUUUCCCAUUGACCAACACGAGCUAAAUAUUCUACGAAAAUAUCUUCCUUUUGUUCAGCUCAGAAAUUUUUUACUGCCCGAUAGCAGCAGCGAGUCAUCAAAUGAUUCUGUUGGUUUGGCAGACCAUGAGCUGGAGCAAAAUCCCCCACAAAUUGACAUCCCCAAUAAUUUAGAAUCAGAGUUCAUAGAAAGUCGUGUUUUGGAAAUGAAAAAAGAAUUUAAAUUUGAUCAAGAGCUGGACAUUCAAGAGCCAUUGAAUUACGAGUGUGAGCAGUGCAGGAAAUCAUUUAAAUCAGAGGAUCUGCUGAAAUAUCACGUCAAGUAUCGGCACCGUGGCAAAAGUUAUGAAUGCGCAGAGUGCGAAUUUGCGACUAGUUCUAAACCAUCAUUAAUUCAACACAUGCGUAUUCACAGUAACAUACGUCCCUACAAAUGCCCGUACUGUUUGUACGCAUCUUCAGUUUCCGCUAAUACAAAAAAUCACAUUAUGAAUAUGCAUAUGAACAAGCGGCCUUUGAAGUGUACGGAGUGCGAGUACACGUCAAUUUAUUCAGGAAAAUUAAGAGCGCACAAAAUAAAAAAGCAUUUUCGUGAUCCCUCGAGUUCAACUAAUGCUUUACAGAUUGAAAAUUAUGCCUGUGGUUACUGCAAUUAUAAAGCAGUCACUACACGUCAUAUAAAUUAUCACAUGCGUACCUGUCACAGUGAUGUGAAAAAAAAAUUCAAAUCCUCAAAAUGUCCCGUUUCUCAAAAUCAUCACAAUAAUUCUUUUGGAUUCCCCGCGCAGGAUUAUGGCGGUAAAAAAAAAUAUAAGUGCGAUGUUUGUAUGGCAAAAUUUAAAACUUUACGUGGAAUUGAUAAUCACAAGUCGAAUUAUCAUUCAAUAAAUCCAUUUAGCAAAACACUCAACUGCCAAUUUUGUCAAGAUACUUUUACGAAUGUGCAUAAUUUGAAGCUUCAUACUAAUACUCAUAAGAAAGUUAAUUUUCACAAAUGUACUGAAUGUCUCUACACAACAACUCUUGUCACGAGACUUGAAAAACACAUGACAAGUCAUGUAAACAAUAAACUAUUCGUUUGCAAUGACUGCAGUAAAGCAUUUAAGCUCAAGAAAAUUUUAAAACAACACAGGAAAAAUUUUCAUUAGGAAACUUUCAUGUAAAAUUAAUUUAGAUGUUUUGUUUUAAAAAGCGCGAGUCAUUUAAUUCAAAUUUAUUCUCUUGAUGACUCAGUACUUUUCAAAAAAAUUUAUGUUGUCUUCAUACAAAAAAAUACUCGAUUUGAGUUUAUUGGAUACUUAUCUAGAAAUUUGAAUAUUUUUGCUCAGGAUCAUCAGUUUAAAAAAAAACUAACGAUUGAAUCGUUGAGAUAAAAAAUAUAUUUUACUUUAUAUUAUUAUUGAUAUUUAAUUAUUAGAUUUAUUAAGCACUAGUUUAAUUAUCGCAUCAGUUUAUUAUAUACCGAGUGGUAUACAAAUAAAUAUAUUUAAAAAAAACAGAAAUAUAAGUAUUUGUGUACUAAAUUGUUACUCUUGAAGAGCAUGGGUUCGAACCCAAUCCUCGAAGUCGUGUCCUACUAUUCUAUCCAAAAUAUUUUUUUUUAGAAGAGUACUUACAGAGUAAUUAAAAUUAUUAACGCAUGACAUUUAUAGUCAAUACAUUUACUUAAAUAAUACAAUUUUUAUUUUUUUAUACAAAUACUUUCAUUAAUAAAUAACCAGUUUACUAAUGCAAUAACUUUUUCAAAAAUAUUUCUGUCCAGAAAAUGAAAUUUAAGUUACUGCAGUCGAUAAUUAAUUAUUUAUCAAUAC